AUUGCAAAUGGUCUUAAAGAUAUUCAUAGCCAAGGAUUAAUUCAUCAUGAUUUUCAUUGUGGUAAUAUAUUAAAUGGUGUUGAUAAUUAUACUUUUAUUACUGAUUUAGGAUUAUGUCGACCAGCAAAUGUAAUACCUUCUCAAGAUGAAUACAAAAAAAUGUUUGGAGUAUUGCCUUAUGUAGCACCUGAGGUUUUAAUAGGAAAAGAAUAUACUCAAGAAAGUGAUAUAUAUGGAUUCGGAAUUAUUGCAUAUGAA